GGCAGGCAUUCCUGGCACGAGAGUGUGGGGUCAGGCAUGCUGGCGCACUGGGCAACCUCCAGAUCGGCUGCUUAGACGCGGUCGCAUAUCCUGGGGUGGCUCUGGUGGUGAGGGGAGGGGCGGUAUGGUCUUGAAAAAUGUGCUGAGCGACGGGACUUGACGACCAGCUGCACAGAGCCCUCAAUGGCCGUUCUUGUUCGCCACACACGCGCCGACCCAGGACCACAUUUGGUUCCACAAUUGUCGGCAGCAGCCGCACACUCACCCUGGUACCGUCCAGAUAAAUGCCCACAGUCGCUGCCACCACGUCAUUGGGGGAGGUGGCACCAGACGUCCUCCGCUGCGUGGGGUCGACGCACCGGAUGCCGCUUGGCUGUGGGCCGGCGAGGCGGGCUGGAUGAGGGGCGAGGAGGGGAUCGGUGUGGGGGAGCCGCUCGGCCGGAAGGCCAGGGCGAGCAAAGGAGGUUGCGCUGUGCAGGGCGGGGUGGUCGGUGAAGUCCCAAACUCCUCUGUAUUAUUGAGCUCUGUGUGCAUCCAUCGAUAGCAUACGAACGUCAAUGGGCAAGUACGUCUUGCCUUACGAGAGAAGUCGGGCAUCCUGAGGUUGCACAUCCACGGCGGAAGAGGGGGCGUUCGGCUCCCAGCUGCCUCACUGGCCUCCGAGGGCUCACGGCUGACACCACCUUUCUUGCCGCCGCCUGAGCACACACAGAGUAAUUCGCAGCGGCAUGACGUAGGCAUCCAGUCUCCCAUGCAGCUAACCCCUUGACGAAUUUGAUGACAAUUCCUCAAUGCGACCCCGAGACUCUGACGCCAGAGAGCGACACACACCCACCUGCGGCAACUCUACUACAUCGGCGUCACAUCUUACGUUGCAUUGCAUCAAGCAAGAAGGCCUGUCUGGCGAAUUCUGGGUUGGCCUGCAUGAACAGACCUGCGGACGAGCGAAGAGCGAGGAGGGGGUCCAUACAGAGUCCACACCCGCAAACGGGGUCCGCUCAAGCCUUUCCCUUACCGGCCUGUCGUUCGAGGUUGCGGAGGCCUCUGGUGAAGAAGUUGUCCCUCCUCCUGUCCCUCUUCUCAAUUUCGAUCACCAAGGCCUGCACACGAAGGAGGAAGACGUGGAGGAAGGGGGGAUGACACAUGGGAGGAGUGAGAUCGGUGCUUGCCCUUCGUUCGUCCUCUGGCGUUGGUUCCGGCUCCUCGAUAAAAGACGUCAUUCUCUUCGAUGACUGACACGCGUGUUGUCACGUCUUCUCGUGUGACUCGAG